GCGUGCGCGUGUGUUUGCACUGUGGUGAUAACUGUCAAAAGUACACUCAACAACAGAUCAGCGCUGAGAGUCCAAUGGUCAGCGCCGCCUCUCUGCUCGCCCAGUGUCCGCUUCGAGGCGCCCGUAACCGGACUGCAUGAGGAGCGCUUGAAGGCUGAGCGGCUCCUUGGACACCAAGCACAUCCGUGUUGACAACAAAAGUUUGUCCAGCGUUUCGCAGUCAUGUCGGGACAACCAGGCUUCGUGAGCCCGUUCCACAGACCCCGGUGUUUGGCGGCUGCAGCCCCGGCGAGCAACGCCAAGUUCACCCACCCUGGAAAAGCUAUUAUGGCAGGUGGGAUUGCAGGAGGCAUUGAGAUCUGCAUCACCUUUCCAACAGAGUACGUGAAAACACAGCUGCAGCUUGAUGAAAAGGCAAAUCCUCCCAAAUAUAAAGGCAUAGGGGACUGUGUGAAGCAGACAGUGGACGGUCAUGGGGUGAGGGGUCUGUACAGAGGUCUAAGCUCUCUGGUGUACGGCUCUAUACCUAAAGCAGCUGUAAGAUUUGGGGUGUUUGAGUUCCUUAGUAAUAAGAUGCGUGAUGAGAGCGGUAAACUAGACAGUAAGCGGGGAUUCCUCUGUGGCCUUGGAGCUGGAGUUGCAGAAGCCGUGUUGGUUGUCUGUCCAAUGGAGACAGUUAAGGUCAAAUUCAUCCAUGACCAGACAUCAGCAAACCCAAAGUACAAGGGAUUUUUCCAUGGUGUGAGGGAGAUUAUUCGAACCGAAGGACUGAGGGGGACUUAUCAGGGCCUAACAGCCACUGUGCUGAAGCAAGGCUCCAACCAGGCCAUCCGCUUCUAUGUCAUGACUUCACUGAGGAACUGGUACAAAGGUGAUGACCCCAACAAAGCCAUUAACCCCUUGAUAACUGGAUCGUUUGGAGCUUUUGCCGGUGCCGCCAGUGUGUUUGGAAACACUCCUCUGGAUGUUAUCAAAACCAGAAUGCAGGGUCUUGAGGCUCACAAGUACAAAAGCACAAUGGACUGUGCCGUCAAGAUCAUGAAGCAUGAGGGACCAAAGGCGUUCUACAAAGGCACUGUCCCUCGGCUUGGUCGGGUGUGUAUGGAUGUGGCCAUAGUCUUCAUAAUCUAUGAGGAAGUCGUAAAGGUCCUGAACAAAGUUUGGAAGACGGACUGAGACGUACGCCCUGCUACACAAGCAGAAGUGUUAGGACAGGCCAUCCAUAUUAUAAACCAGGCCAAGUCCCAAAACAAUCUCCUAUAACACUGCUUCUAGGUUCUAAUCUCUACCUCCGAGUGAUUUUCAGAAAGAAAGGGAUGGUGUAUUCUUGAUUUUAUUUAUAACACAGUUAAGUGGAAGUAUUAUCUGCAUGAAAUAUGCUCCAGAUUGCAGAACCACCACUCCCACUUCCUCAUUUAUCUUAAAUUCCAGAAGGGUAAAGUUCCUUACGAGCUCAGGGAAAGGAAAGGGGCAUUUGUUUAGAUCCGCUUGAAUAGACAAAAAGGUUAAUGGGAACAAAAAAGCGACCUGACAUAAUGUGAUUCAGACACUAUAGACAAGGAAAUUUUGCUUGAAAAUUAGAGAUUCAUAUGCAAGUAUUUAGAUUUUUCCUAUUUUCAAAAGGCUGUUCAAAACCACCAUUAAUUCAAAAGCUGAUCUGAAUAAUUCAUCUCCAGAUAUCACUGCUGCAGAGGCUAAGGUACUCAAUGCCUUAAGUCACAGUUUUUAACAUUGUAGGAUCCAGAAAGAUGUAGUUAACAUUUAGAAAUGCACGUUUCCACCAAACAGCCGUUAAGGUGAUAUAAAGAUGUGUUUCACUUUGAAGUUGCAGAAAUGUUUUAAUCAAUUAACUUACUAGAUUGAUACUAUAACAAGUGCCUAUGUAUUGUAUGAUUCAUGAUCUUUUGAGAUUAAGAAUGAUUAAAUGUUGUAUGUACUUAGUCACCAGAGAUUUUUAUGAAUGUACUCAAGUGAAAACACUACACUAGGGCCAAAUGUUUCAUUCCAGGCAGCAUCUGAGUCACAGUAUGUCUGAGAUGUUAAUGUUAUCUGCUGAUAUGAAUUCCUGCUUCUAAAUUCAAAUAGCCUUUAAUACAUGAUUUAAUAGAUGCCUGUUUGAGAAAUUCUAUUAAUAGUGCCUUCCAAGAUUUUUUAGACUUUCUUUUUUCUUUUUAAGAUGAAUUGCCUUUACCUUUUACCUUAACUGACAACCCAAUGUGCCAACUGCUGGUCAGAAAUUUAAUGCCAUUUUAAAGACUGGAGCUUGUGAGUCUGGCAUGUUUACAUGCAGUGCAAUUAAUUUAGUUUGCUCAUAAUACAGUCUUUAUUUAGGAUACACAAUGUUUACUUUGAGCUACUUUUUCAGCUUCAUGUUAGACCAGCCUUGCAGAAAUGGAGCCUCUUGUAUGUCACAGAUGUUUAAACAUCUUUGGAGUUUACAUUAUUUCCUGUAGUUAAACCCGGUCUUGUGCCUUCGGUCUAAUGAAUUCUGACAUGUAUGCUCACAAAUAAACAUUGUAUCUGACUGUUGAA